AUGUCUACUCACUACACUUCCGUGGGCUACUCCAUGCCUCUGCCCGUUCCCUCCAAGGGCUCCCACUACCCCACCUACAGCCAAUACUCCGUCUCGCCUCCGGAAUGUGACGAAUCGGUUAGCUCCGCCUCGGGCAUCCCCUCUUACAGCAACGGUGGAUACUCGGCCACUUCGUCCGGCUACGCUGGCGGAUACGGCGACUACGAUAGCACCAACUCGGCCAGCGGCGUCGAUUUCCAGGAGUACAUGCAGGACCGCUUCGCCAACUCGUUUGACCCCAUCCCCCUGGACCGCAGCAUGGCCAUGCAGGCUCAGACAUCCGGAAAGUUGAACGCCAAGCACCGAGAGCUCAUGGAGCUGCAGAAGAAGGCGCAAGCUCGUCUGGCCAAGACCCGCGAGCGCUUCCAGGAGGGCAUGCGAGAUGCUCAUGAGGUCCGCAGCGAUCUCGAGUGGACACAGAAGAAGGUCGGAGCUCUCAAGUCCAAGGCCUCGCGAAAGCACACCAAGGAGUACAGCAAGGCUCGUGCGCGAUACCCUUCCCCCGAGAACUAG